AUGAAGGCCCCCAGAACGCUGGCGAGUGUGCCUGCCGUGCUCAGCCCCGUCUUGCAGAAAAGGGACCCGAGGCUCCACGGCUUGAGAAACUUGCUGAGGGCCGCCCCGCCAGCAAGUCUGCUGUCCGAGCUGAAACUGGCUGUGCCCUGGGGCCACAUUGCCACCAAAACCUGGGGCUCCCUGAAAGGCCACCCUGUUCUCUGCCUGCACGGCUGGCUGGACAACGCCAACUCCUUCGACAGACUUAUCCCCCUUCUCCCACAGAACUUCUACUACGUAGCCAUGGAUUUUGGGGGCCACGGACUCUCCUCCCAUUAUGCCCCUGGCGUCCCAUAUUACUACCAAAACUUUGUGAAUGAGGUCCGCAGGGUCUCCGCAGCCUUGAAGUGGAAUCGCUUUUCUCUCAUGGGGCACAGUUUUGGUGGCACUGUGGCAGGGAUGUUCUCUUGUGUCUUCCCUGAGAUGGUGGACAAGCUCAUCCUCCUGGAAUCUGUGCCCUUCAUCCUGGACAUAAAUGAAAUUAACAACAUGCUGACGUACAGACGGAGAGCCAUCGAGCACGUGCUGCAGCUGGAGACCAACCAGAAGCCCUCCAUGGUGAUCAGCCCCGAGGAGAUGCUGCAGGGGCUCCUGAAGAACAACACCCAUGUGGGAGAGGAGUGUGGGAAGCUGCUUCUGCAGAGGGGAACCAGCCAGGUAGCCUCAGGUCUGGUGCUGAACCGGGACCGGAGGAUCGCAUGGCCAGAGCUCGGCUUCGACUACCUCAGCAGGGAGCUGGCGCAGCUCGUCAUCCACAAGCUGCAGGCCCACGUCCUGUUGAUCAAAGCAACCCAAGGCUUUAGCAGUGUGAGGAGGGAGGACAUGGACAUGGAGCCCCUGCUUUUCACGAUCAACUUGCUUCGGACAGUGCUGAAGGAGCGGUUCCAGAUUGUGGAAACCCCCGGCAACCACUACGUCCACAUGAACAAGCCCCAGAAGGUGGCAGAGAUCGUGGGUGCCUUCCUACAGGCCCAGGAGGUGGCCCCGGCCUCCUGAGCCCCAGCCGGGCCGUGGUCGAGCCAGCACUGCGUCUGGCACGUGCAGCUCAGGUGACGAAGCAGCCCAGGUGCACCAGUGGAGUCAGGCCUAGCUGUGACACGGACUUCAGUGGGGGACAUGGAGACCAGAUCUGGGCUUCUGCUGCCCAGCAGGCUGGGAAUAAAUAAACUGGUGUCCAUACUG